UUUCCUCUCCAAGCCCCUUCAGAGCUCGCCGCGCGCCCAGGCCAAAGCAGUAGCAGCGCGGCCGGCAGGCGGGGCUCGGGGAGAAGGAAGCGCGGGGCGUGAUUGACAGGCCCCGCAGCCCACCACGAGGUCGGAGGAGCGGAGAGGCCGUGGCGGGGGGCGCCGAGGUUCAGCCCAAGCGCCUAUCGGCUGCUCCGGGAGGAGGCUGUGAGUGACGAGGGGGCGGGGAGCGAGCGGAGUUUGGGCGUGUGCUGCUCGCUGCUUGGGGCUCGCCUCGCGCGCGCACACACACAUUGUCCAGGCUGACGACGCCGACGCCGUAGCAGCCGCCGCUCCCCGCCCUCCCGCAGCACAGAGAGCGCCUGGAUGCUGGGUGCCAAUGCGGGGAGGGCGAUGCAAGAAGGGGGCUCCGCCGCCGCCACCGCCUAGGUGGAAAGUUCACCACUGCAUCGGGCCAGCGGGGAAGUGACUUGGAGCAGCCAGCCGCCUGCAGGCAAAGGGACACAAGGAUCUGUGGAUCUAUCCCGGGGGGCUGAUCCUCCCCCCAUGCAAACUUUGCAUUGCUCCCCACGCUGCCUUUAAAAGAAAAAAGCCCCACUGACUCCCCUGAGAAAAGCGCAGCUUUACUCUACUGCCUUUGCAAGAAAAGUAGCCUCGUGGUGGGGGGAACAGCAGACGGCCGCUGUGUUUUGAGGGAACCCUGAACCGGGGUUGACCAGAAGAUGACCGAGUACAAGCUGGUGGUAGUUGGGGCAGGAGGCGUAGGGAAAAGUGCUUUGACCAUUCAGCUUAUCCAGAACCAUUUUGUUGAUGAGUAUGAUCCCACGAUAGAGGAUUCCUACAGAAAGCAAGUCGUCAUUGAUGGAGAGACCUGUUUGUUAGACAUCUUGGACACAGCAGGCCAAGAAGAGUACAGUGCCAUGCGAGACCAGUACAUGCGGACAGGAGAAGGCUUCCUUUGUGUCUUUGCUAUUAACAACACCAAGUCCUUUGAAGACAUUCAUCAGUACAGGGAGCAGAUCAAGAGGGUGAAGGACUCUGAUGAUGUCCCGAUGGUAUUGGUGGGAAAUAAGUGUGACCUUCCAGCCCGGACUGUGGAAACCCGGCAAGCCCAGGAGCUGGCUCGGAGCUAUGGGAUUCCCUACAUAGAGACAUCAGCCAAGACUAGACAGGGAGUUGAAGAUGCCUUCUAUACUUUAGUGCGGGAGAUCCGGCAGCACAAACUACGCAAAUUGAAUCCCCCAGAUGAAAGUGGCCCAGGCUGCAUGAAUUGUAAAUGUGUGAUAUCAUGACUAAGCUGACCAGACUGUGACUUGGAGGGAUUUCCACUGUGUAGUGCAGAGACAGAGGCGACAUGAAAGAAGAAUCAAGUGGAUUCAAGGGAAGGGGACAGACGAGAUGGUGUCUGCAGGCCCCAAGAGCUCUGCACAGACUGUCUCAAAACUUCACCAAGGCCUGCAAUGAACUAUUUUUUAUUUUUGAAACGCUCCUCUCCUUGCCUCCCUCCCCCUCCUGGCAACUUGUACAAAGCCACAGAUGGAAGUAAAUUAUUGUAUGAUGGUCUUGACACUGGUUUCUGCAUCUCUGUCCCUGUUCCCGAGGAUUGACUGGCAUUGCCUGUUCUUCUGGAGCAGGCAUUGGCAGAGGGGAGGGGGAGGCCCAUGCAGAGCAGCCAGGCAGGUCGCUGCUUCAGCCUCUUUGAGCUCGCCUCCUUGGCAGGGGCCAAAGCCGAGUUGGAUCUGUGGCUGUGCCCUGGCCUGCUGCUUUUCUUUCAAGAAGCCUUUUACAGAAAGGGAGCAAAUGUGGGUUGAGUGGCUCCACCACUGUAUCUCAGAAAGAGAGUUAGCUGUGGCCUGCAGAAGAUCAUACCUCUUCAGAAAGCAUUGCCAAGAAAUUCCACCCACUGACACUCUGUCAUUCUAUAGUGUGGUAGGGAAACUCUCUACGGGUCUCAGCCAUUUCUGGGGGUGAGGUGGGGGAAGACAUAUAAACAUACCUCCUUUAUGAAUGGAUUCUAAGCCAAUUCUCAAACUGCUGUUCCCAGAGUUGGGUUUCAUUUACCUUUGCCCCUGUUGGUUUACAUUGGCAUAAACAUGGAAGAUGAUUCCUUCUCGUUGUUCUUGGCAAUUGUUAAUUCUCCCCUGCGCUAGAACAACCCAGUGAGUUUUCUCUGCAGAGAGUCGUUCUGCCUGGUGAAAGUUCCCUGCAGGCCUGGAGUGGGGGGGGGGAGGUGAAGAAGGGGAGAGAAGGGGGGUGUUCCUUUGCAGCAUGUCACUCCCCCCCCCCUUUGUGGUGUUGGGAGGACUUGUGUGUAUGUGUAAAUAUAUAAAUGACUAUACAGCAGCUUGUUGAUUGCAACUGAAGGAUGUUUGAUUCUCCGUUUUAGUCUCUGUGUUUCACUGAGCCCAACUUCUGUUUCAUCCAUUAAUUACCUGAUGGAGUUUGAAGGAGAACAGCUCUUUCUUGUCCCUUUUGUGGGGGGGGGGGGCAUUGGGAGCUGUGCUGUCUUUCUUCCCCCGGAACCAUUGUGUCUUAUGAAGGGGUGGGGAGGGGUGCCUAAUGGACAAGAAAUGGUCACUUGUUGGCUUUCUUCUUUGUUGUAAGUUUGGCCAUUUCCUGAGCAGUUUUUUAUGCUUGUUGCCUGUGCUGGGGCUGACUGCAUUGAUGUGCUUGUUGCAAAUCUUGUGAACUUCCUGGAGGGGCAGCUGGUCUCUGGAGGCACAGGAGUGUGUUUCCUUGUUCCUGCUCUGACCUCUUCUUUCCUUUGCAGCCGCUGUGCCUAUGCUGCUGCAUGCACAGCUCAAAUUCCUGCUCUUCAGGUAGCAGCUCCUCUGUAUUAAUGUGACUGUACCAAUUAUACUUGCUGUUUUGUUAAAGGUUUUGCCAGUAAGAUAGUGAAGCCAGGUGCUCGGCCCUAGCUGAGCUAAGGGAAACAAGUUCCUUCCAAUAAUUAGGUGACUGGUGUGGAUUUUUAAAGGGGGGGGGUCGAUCCAAUGUUGGAGGUGUAAAAGAGAACCCAAAUCUAGCCUUAAAUGUCAUUAAAAAGUGUUGUUCUCAAAA